ACUUGUUCGAAAGGAAUUAAUAUAUGAAAAUAUAUAAAUAACAAUCCCCCUGCUGUUUUUUCAUCUCAAAUUUUAUUGAAGACCUCUUAAUACCCUUCUUUUAUUUGAAUUAUUUAUUUACUUAAUUUCGUAAUUGGUCGGUAACUUAUUAAACAUGUCAGCUUUAAAAUCAAUUCAACGUUCAUCUAACGUUGCCAGAAGAACUUUAUUACAAACCAGAACCUAUGCUACUGCCGAACCAACCUUGAAGGCUAGAUUAGAAGAAAUCUUACCUCAAAAGGCUGAAGAAAUCAAGCAAUUAAAGAAGGAAUAUGGUAAAACCGUUAUUGGUGAAGUUCUCUUAGAACAAGCCUAUGGUGGUAUGAGAGGUAUUAAAGGUUUAGUCUGGGAAGGUUCCGUUUUGGAUCCAAUUGAAGGAAUUAGAUUCAGAGGUAGAACCAUUCCAGACAUUCAAAAAGAAUUACCAAAGGCUCCAGGUGGUGAAGAACCAUUACCAGAAGCUUUAUUCUGGUUAUUAUUAACUGGAGAAGUUCCAUCUGAAGCUCAAACCAGAGCUUUAUCUGAAGAAUUGGCUGCUAGAUCUGCUUUACCAAAGCAUGUUGAAGAAUUAAUUGACAGAUCUCCAUCUCAUUUACAUCCAAUGGCUCAAUUCUCUAUUGCUGUUACUGCUUUAGAAUCUGAAUCUCAAUUUGCUAAGGCUUAUGCUAAGGGUGUUAACAAGUCUGAAUACUGGAAAUACACUUAUGAAGAUUCUAUUGAAUUAUUAGCUAAAUUACCAAACAUUGCUGCUAGAAUUUACAGAAAUGUUUUCCAUGAUGGUAAAUUACCAGCUGAAAUUGAUCCUAAAUUAGAUUAUGGUGCUAACUUGGCUAAUUUAUUAGGUUUCAGUGGUAACUCUGAAUUCACUGAAUUACUUAGAUUAUACUUGACCAUUCAUUCUGAUCAUGAAGGUGGUAAUGUUUCAGCUCAUACCACCCAUUUAGUUGGUUCUGCCUUAUCAUCUCCAUUCUUAUCUUUAGCUGCUGGUUUGAAUGGUUUGGCUGGUCCAUUACAUGGUAGAGCCAAUCAAGAAGUAUUAGAAUGGUUAUUCAAAUUAAGAGAAGAAUUACAUGGUGAUUAUUCUAAGGAAAACAUUGAAAAAUACUUGUGGGAAACUCUUAAUGCCGGUAGAGUUGUUCCAGGUUAUGGUCAUGCCGUUUUAAGAAAGACUGAUCCAAGAUAUACUGCUCAAAGAGAAUUUGCUCUUAAGCACAUGCCAGACUAUGAAUUAUUCAAGUUGGUUUCCAACAUUUAUGAAGUUGCUCCAGGUGUUCUUACCAAGCAUGGUAAGACCAAGAACCCAUGGCCAAAUGUGGACUCCCAUUCCGGUGUUUUAUUACAAUACUACGGAUUAACUGAAGAAUCUUUCUAUACUGUUCUUUUCGGUGUUUCAAGAGCCUUUGGUGUCUUACCACAAUUAAUUCUCGAUAGAGGUGUUGGUUUACCAAUUGAAAGACCAAAGUCAUUCUCUACUGAAAAGUACAUUGAAUUAGUCAAGUCUAUUGCCAAGAACUAGAUGUGACUGUACUGGCCUUUUUAUACUACCUAGCCUAUAUCUAUAGUGUAUAGAUCUAUAUGCCUAUAGUAUUAGUUUUAUGGGGUCUAUACUUUGUCUAUAUAGUCUAUGGUCUAUAUAUGUCUAUAUUUAUUUAUACAUUAUGUCUGUUUAUAUAUGUCUAUUUAUUUAUAUUAUGUCUGAUAUUAUUAUUAGUAUAU